UCUUCCCGGUCCCCUCCCCUCCCCCCCCCGGGGCCGCUGCGGGGGAGGAGGAGAAUGGAAACACCCUUCUACCAUGAUGAUGUGUUAAGCAGCCUGAGAAGCAGCGGCAGCGGCAACAACAACGGCAGCAGUUUCGCCUCCCCGAGCCGCCGCUUCCCCUCCGCCGCCUCCCCGUUCGGCGGCGGCAGCGGCAGCAGCAGCAGCAUGAUGAAGAAAGACGGUCUCACCCUGAACCUCAGCGACCAGGUUGUGGCCACCUUGAAGCCCGCCCCGCCGCCGCCUCACGGGGGCCACCACCUGCGAGGGGACACCAGCGGCGCCGCCGCCGAGGGGCUGCUCACCUCUCCGGACCUGGGAUUGCUCAAACUGGCCUCGCCGGAGCUGGAGCGGCUCAUCAUCCAGUCCAACGGGCUGGUCACCACCACCCCGACCAGCACCCAGUUCCUCUACCCCAAGGUGACGGCCACGGAGGAGCAGGAGUUCGCCGAAGGCUUCGUCAAGGCCCUGGAGGACUUACAUAAACAGAACCAGCUAAGCGGAGGGGCCGGGCCGGCCGGAGCCGCGGGGGGCUGUGCCCAGCCGCCGGGCGGGGCCGGCGUCGAUCUCACCUCGGGGCCCCCCGCCGCCGCCGCUUCUCUCGCGCAGCAAGAGCCGCCGGUCUACGCCAACCUCAGCAGCUACACGGGCAACGCGGCCGGCGCGCUGGGCAGCACCACGGUGAACUACUCGACCGACACGGUGCCCUACCCGCCCCCGCCCGGCCUGGGCCAGCCCCAGCCUCACCCCCGGCUCCAGGCGCUCAAGGACGAGCCCCAGAUCGUGCCCGACGUGCCCAGCUUCGGCGAGAGUCCCCCGCUCUCCCCCAUCGACAUGGACACGCAGGAGCGCAUCAAGGCCGAGCGCAAGAGGCUGCGGAACCGCAUCGCCGCCUCCAAAUGCCGCAAAAGGAAGCUGGAGCGGAUCUCGCGGCUGGAGGAGAAGGUCAAGAGCCUCAAGAGCCAGAACACGGAGCUGGCGUCCACCGCCAACCUCCUCCGGGAGCAGGUGGCCCAGCUCAAGCAGAAGGUGCUCAGCCAUGUUAACAGCGGCUGCCAGCUGCUGCCCCAGCACCAGGUCCCCGCGUACUGAGGGGCCCGGCCGGGCGCGCACCCCCAGUCUCCCCGGGGAGGCACUGAGACCGGGCGCCUGGCCCGGGACUGGUCUCAGGGCGCACGCCCCGCCAGGGCGCCCCCACGCACAGGCUCCGGCCCUGCCGCUCCGCCAUCGCCUUCGCCCCCGCCCCCCCCUUCCCUUUCUCUGCCCCUUCUCCGACUUUUCGUAGGACCGACGAGGGCGAGUGGCUUGCUCGGGAGGAAGCUGCGCAGCAGGCGGGGACGGGGAGUAGCGCGGGGCCCUUUUCCCUCCCGUUCCCCCCCCCCUUGGAGAAGACCCCCCCCCCGGACUCAGCGGAGAGGGCCACCCUGGCCAAAGGGGCUUUCCCCACCCCCCCCACCCCCGGCCGCGGCUCGGGAGGAGGAGGAGGCCGGCGGAGGACGUUGUGGGAACGGAGACGACGUCUUCGACUCUUAGCAAAGGGCUGGAACGAGGAUCGCUCCCGGACUCGGAGGAGAGACCGGAGGAGAGGACAGGACAGGAGUGGAGAGGACCGGGGCGCCCGGAAGACCCUGCCCGGAGUGACAAGCUCGCAGCCCGGGAGGGCCGAGUGCAUGAUGAACCUUCCCCUCCCCACGCACCCCCACCCCCAUCGUAGACUCUUCUGCCCCACCUUCCCCUCCCCCAUGUUUACAAGCUCUUCACGAACAGAAGAUCCGAGUCUUUUCUUUUCUACAGACUCUUCAGUGUCGUGUGUUCUGUUUGCACAUCCCGAGUCUCAGAUCCUCUGUACAAAGUGUAAAUGUGACACACAGAAUUUCAAGCUAUUUUUUUUUGUUGUUUGAAGUGUUCGAUUUGCUCUAUUUAUGUUUCUACUGGGAACAAUGUUUUUUUAGAAAAAAAAAAUUUGCUAUCUCUCCACAUUCCAGUAUGUAAUACUGUACAACGAUGCUCUUCUGUUCAGUAAAGUAUUGUUACAUGA